GGUUUAGGUCACCUGGUGACGUAAUGUGACUCUGAGAUCGGUGGUGGUGAUAAGUGAGGUUCAGGUUCCUACAAUAUAGGAUCCGCUCAGCGUAUAUCUCCUAUAUAAGAUCAUUCUCCUGAUUGACCCUUCAAGGAUGGAUAGGGAUGGGGACAAGAUGGCAGAGAGUAUAAUAAAUCUCACCCUAGAGAUCCUCCUCCGGCUUACUGGAGAGGAAUACACAGUAGUGAAGAAGACCUCUAGUGAGCAUUGUCAGGCCCCGGUAUCUGAAGGACAGGGAGGAAUCCUGAGCCCAAUAUCCAGGCCGACACCUCACAUCCCGAUACAUGAGAAAGUCAACAGAGAGAAGAUCCUAGAGCUCACCAACAUGAUCCUUGAGCUGCUGACUGGAGAGGUUCCUAUAAGGUGUCAGGAUGUCGCCGUCUAUUUCUCCAUGGAGGAGUCUGAGUAUUUAGAGGGACAUAAAGAUCUGUACAAGAACGUUAUAAUGGAGGAUCACCAGCCCCUCACAUCAUCAGUUAAAGAAGAGAGAACAACACUGGAGAGAUGUCCCAGCCCUCUUCUUCUACAGGAUGGUUCAGAAGAACAUCAAAAUGUUCCAUAUGAUGAUCAGCUUUUAAAUCUGGGUUAUGAUCUGAACAAUAUUAAGGCUGAAGAUACAUAUGUGAGGAGUAAUGAGCAGAUCAUAGAGGACAUUCCCACCGAUAACCACCCAGAUGACUUUACCAGGAGCUCAGAGAAACAUGUGAUAUCAUCAGAUUUCAGAACAGAUGAUUGUAGUGUCACGGAAGAUAAACAUGAAAACUUUGACGAGCUCCUGGUGCUGUUGUCCCCUCAUUUGCAGCGUCAGGACACCUUCAUGCGGGACUGCAUACCACCAGUGGAAAGACUGGUCAUUACUUUGCGGUAA